UAUUGAUUUCUUAUAGCGUAGGGUCAUCAUUCAAAUUUAAGUACAAACAAGAUGAAGACUUCACGUAUUUGUUUAAUCUUACUACCGAUAUUGGUAGUUCAGAUUUCAUCAUCUGAAAUUAGUGAACUAGAUAAAUUAUUAAACAAGAUUAAAUCAUCUGCGUUUGAGACUGCAGCAGCACCUUUCCAAGAUAUACUAAAUGAAAUACAAACGAAUCCAGAUUUAAAUUUUUUCUUGAAAGAAUAUGUACAUAAAGUAAAAAGAGUUAUGGAAGAUACCCAGGAGGGUUUGUUUAAUUUGUUACCAAAAGAAGAGAGGCAAAAAACGGAAAAAAUUCUUGGAUACUCGUCACUUUAUGCAUCAUCAGCAUUUUCGAGAGCAGCAAAAGGUGUAACCUAUGUAAUGAACACAUCUUUUGAUACAUUACCGAAUGAUAUUAAAACCAAAUUAAUUGAAUUAGGAAACGAAAUUAAUGACUCUCUAAGGAAAAUGAAGGUUACCAUUGAAAAUAAUUCAAAAACAUCACAAAAAAAUCCCAAAUGUACUAUUUUCAGGGAAUACAUUUUGACAAUUUAUUCGUUCGACUUCACUGCUAAGAUGAAGACAUCAUAUUUUUUCGGUUUCCUAAUAUCGGCAUUAGUGGCCCAGAUUUCAUCUGCGGAGCUUAGUGAGCCUACUGAGCUUGAUAAAAUGGCAGCGAACCUAAUGCAUUCUUUGGUUAACGUUGUAGAAAUACCAUAUAGAAAAUUGGAAAAUAUCAUUAAUCCAUCGGCAGCUAGUGGAAAAAAAGAACCAUUUUUAAAAGAUAUCAUAGCCAAAAUUAACCGGAAGAAAGAAGAAAUUGAAAAGGCCUACUUGGAAUCACUAUCACCAGAAGAAAAAGAAUUGACAAAGAAGAAAUUAAUCGAACAUGCCAAUAGUUCGCAAAGAGUAGCUAAUGCAAUUCGGGAUGUUAGUAAAGCGGCCAAGUUGAUGAUAAAUACAUCUUUCGACAACCUACCAAAACAUUUCCAGAACAAAUUAUUUGAUUUGGGAAAAGAAUUCAUUAAUAUUUUAAAUAAAAUAAAGGCAUAAUCUAAAAAUAGACCUCAAACUGAAGAAAAUAGACAACUCUACGGAAUCAAAAAGUAUUUGUAAAGAUUAAUGAACUAUGUCGUCAAUAUUAUAGAACCAAUUCAAAUUACCUAUGACUAAUGAAUAUUUAUGCAUAUUUUAACAUCGUUUUAUUUAUUUACCUACAUAUAUUUUCAUCUAAUCUUCAUCGUAAUUUAUAACGAAUUAAAAACAUUAAAAUAUAACACUAUUAUAUUGUAA